AUGUAUAUCCACGAUGGUACGGCAACUGUAGUUGUGAUUAUACAGCGAGAUGCGUUUACCAAACACGCAUCUAUAGGUUUGAUAACGAGACAGAAGCAUUUUAUGUACCAGGUUUAUUACUUGGCUGCUAUGUCAUUGAUGCUUCAGUCAACUCUUGAAUGUUUUUAUAAUGAAACAUGUAUCACUGAAAUUCUGUCAUAUUAUGAUGAUACUCCGUCAAUGAAUGUAACACCUCUUAAUUCAUCAUUACCAAGUCAAUAUUUUGUCAAUUCAACAAUACAAGAUCUUGUCAAUAAUUUAAUGAUAGAACAAUGGAACAUAUCAACUACAUACGAGAACUAUUAUAAUCAAUGUCAACCAAUAGAAUGCACAUAUACUUAUGAAAGAAAAAAUGGUGUGAUUUAUAUAAUCACUGCAUUGCUUGGAUUGAUGGGUGGUUUAAUAACAAUUUUGAAACUGAUUGUGCCGACAUUAGUCAAGUUCAUAAAAAAAAUGAGAAGAAGAAAAAUACAAGGAAUAGAACAUGGUAAGAUGGUAGUGUCUGCGUUUUAUUUGCGAAAAAUUUAUUUAUCAUCGAUCAGUGUCGUGAAAAAAGUAAAAGUUGAAGAAAUAUUUCGACAGAAAGAUAAUUGCAUGUUUGGAUUUCAACAUAAAUAUGUGAUUGUAAAUGGACUAAGAUAA